AUGGGAUGUGCUUGCUCUGCUUCAAGUUUUCCAGGUAGCUUGCAUCGUUUCGGUGCAUUAAGGAAUACGAAGGCAGAAGAUUUAACUCCAAGGCAGAAAUAUAUACUCAGAGAAACGUGGAAUUCAGUUGUGGAGGCUUACAGACAAGAUCUAGGGAUUUCAGUUUUUAAACGGUUUCUUACCAUGAACCCYGAGCUCAAAAUCUAUUUCAAAGAAUUCCGAUCAGUGCCGAUCAGCGAGAUCACUGAUCGACAUGGUCAUCCAAAUCGACUAAUGACGGCUAUUGACGAAGCUGUAAAAGAGAUGGGAAACUCUGACACCUUUUAUGCUUAUCUGUACGAGCUSGGAAUUCGUCAUGGCGGAUUCAAAUUGGUGAUCUCUCGAACACACUUUGAUGACCUAAGAAAGUGCUUUGUUUCAUGCAUCAUGGCGCUACUUGACGGUACAAUACCGUUCGACAACAUUGAAGUUGAGAAGGCUUGGACCGCACUGUUUUGCACGAUAAGUACAGUGAUGUUGAAAGGAAUAUCUCAGCACCACAGCGUUUGAAGACCAAAGUGCAUCGACUCAUAUAUUUAUGACGGGAUAUUGUGUCUG